UAGACAAUAUAGUUCCAUUCUUAAAACAACAGAGACUGAAUGAAACCGCAAAAUAUCUGAAUACGAGUAUUUUUAAAUAUUUACCCACAAUGAGUGCACAAAGGUGUUAUGGUGUUCUUCUGGUAGUUACUUUUGUAAGCUUGGGAAAUUCCUUAGAAUGCUACAACUGUUCCGUCACUGUUACAGCAAAUGCUGGUGAUCCUUGUAAAGGGAUAGGAGGAGUUACAAAAUGUCAGGAUCCUGCAGUGUGUUUGUCGGCUACAUAUUCAUAUGAAGUGCCCUACCCGCUAUUAAAGCAAUACAUCACCCUGAAGUCCUGCUACCUCGACAUGGGUGGGGAAGAAUGUGAGACGUUUUUGAAAAAUAUUAAGACCAACAAUCCCUCAAACGUACAAAUUGAAUUUACCGAAAAAUGUUUCACUUGCCAGGAAAAAGGGUGCAAUAUGGCGAAGCCUCAGGAGCCGCAGUCGUCCACGUCUACAACUUCCGAUAACCACUUGCAGUACAUUUUACUUGCCAGUUUGUUGUGUUAUUUGAGCACUUUCUUAUAAGUCAUAACAAGUUCUCAAUAUGUAACUCAAUAUUUAUGAUUAAACAUAUGAUCAUGUGAUACUAAAGUAACAAAAUAAUGUUAAAUAAAUUUGCAAAACCCUCAGUUCUUUAAAUCGUAUAUUUCAUUAGUCUUCACAUUUUAUAGUAUAGGCAACCAG